UUGUAUGUAUUUACAUGUCGGCCUAUGGGCACAUAACAUUAUCACCAAGGCAUGAAGUACACUGGGAAGAGACGUGGUCAGUCUAUUUGCCCAUCAACGCCUCACACCCCUAUCCACCUUCUUGUUUUCCCAUGUCCACACAAUCCCGCUCUUCCUUCUUAAAGCAAAAAGCAUUAACUAGUAACCACUUAGCUAGGAAUUCAACAAAAACAAACAAUACACUAGCUGCUAGCAACUCUUUUACUUCUCCCCCAGAAACAAUAAACAAUCUCACUUGCAGAGUUUCAAACUAGGCCAUAUAUGGCUCAGACCAUGUUGCUCACUUCUGGUGUUUCUAGUCAUGGACUGGAUUUGAAGAGGCAACCCUUGAGACUUGGGGCCAAACCCUACUCUCAAUUCUCAUUCUCCCAAUUUCCAACUCCUCCUUCUUCUUUUUCUUCCUCAUCCUCUGCAUUUAGGAUCAAUGCUUUGUUCAAAUCAAAAACCAAAGCUGCCCCUGCCAAGAAGGUUACCCCAGUAAAGCCAAAGGUUGAAGAUGGUAUUUUUGGCACCUCCGGAGGGAUUGGUUUUACCAAGGCAAAUGAGCUUUUUGUGGGUCGUGUGGCCAUGAUUGGCUUCGCUGCAUCUCUGUUGGGAGAAGCUAUAACUGGAAAAGGGAUUCUAGCACAAUUGAAUCUGGAGACUGGAAUUCCCAUUUAUGAAGCUGAGCCUCUUCUUCUUUUCUUCAUCCUUUUCACCCUUCUCGGAGCCAUUGGAGCUUUGGGCGAUAGAGGCAAGUUUGUCGAUGACCCUCUUACUGGGAUUGACAAGGCUGUUAUUCCUCCGGGAAAAGGAAUCAGAUCGGUAUUAGGUCUUAAAGAAGGAGGUCCGCUCUUUGGAUUCACAAAGUCAAAUGAGCUAUUCGUGGGGCGAUUGGCUCAGCUGGGUAUAGCUUUCUCCUUAAUUGGAGAAAUCAUCACAGGGAAAGGAGCUCUGGCACAGCUAAACAUUGAGACCGGGGUUCCCAUCAGUGAACUAGAACCCCUUUUGCUGUUCAAUGUUGCCUUCUUCUUCUUUGCCGCAUUGAAUCCUGGUACCGGCAAAUUUGUGACAGAUGAGGAAGCAGAAGAUUAAAUAUGUUGGGUCGGGAGUCUUGUUUCCAACAAACCGUCAUUCAGUUUUUCUUCAUCUAUGUAUCAGUGAUUUCAAACUAAAACGCUAGUGAUUCCUCUCUCUCUCUCUCUCUGAGCAUUAGUGCGGUGUUCAUACUGUAAGGCUCUUGCUCUUGUCAGUUGAUUUUGUUUCAAUUAAUCAUGAGGAUCUAUCUUAUGA